CUGUUUUGUAAAACAAAUCAGUGACGACAGUGAUAGGAUUUUAGGCAAAACAUACAACACCUUGACGGUGUGAAGUGCAGCUGAUUAUUAUUGUUACAUAAAUUGGAGUACUUUGAACUACAUAAGCAGUAACUGGGUGACAUAAAUAAAGAUUUGACCGUUUUACGACAACAAUCGACAUCAAAAUUACGACUAAUAGCCUGUCGGUUUUUAAGGUUAUUUAUGUUUGUGGUAGACUGUUGCAGACGGUGUUGUGUGUUCUAAAAACCGAAUCAUAAUUUAGUAGUUUUAUAAAUCAAAAAUAAAGUAAAAAAAUGGCACAAGAAAUGGUGAAAUUCACAAAACUCCGGACAGCAAUAGAUCCCAAUUUUUGGGCUAAGUUCGCCGAGCUAAAGCUCGAUAAAUACAAAUUGGAGGAGAAAACAGAGAUAUCGGUCUGGGCAAGUUAUAGCCUUGACAGAUCAACCAAAACAAGGAGCCCAUUAUUGCUCGACUGUACGUCAUUUAACGAAAACGUCGAGACCACAUCUCACAAUGGAACAGUUCCCUGUUCGGGAUACCUCAUAAACACAAACACCUUUGAAAGCUUUAGGCAGAUCCACCCAGAAAAAUUCAUCGAAACAAUCGGCCAACACCUUCUGAAAGCGAUAGCCGACGGCACGGCCUUGAGAGACCCUUUAAAAUUGACCCUCUUCUUAGUGCUCUCCUACGCAGACCUCAAAAAAUACCGCUUCCACUACUGGGCGGCCUAUCCCACCCCCUUCAGCAUCCCUGAAAUGUUUCACCAGGUGCCCCCAGAACCGUUCACCUCAAAAUUCUCUAAAACCGCUCUUGAAAAAUUUAAGAGUGACUUCAACGCUCUAGAGCCAAAAGCCAAGUGUUUUUUCUGCAUUAUUUCAUCUUCGAUGGAAGAUCUGAGGAUAAUUCCCUUGUGGGAGGGAGUGGAGGCAGUAAAAUCGGAUCGUGAGGGUUCUGCCAACAUUAUGUUUGGAUUUUUCGAUCCCUGUGACAGCCCAGAGCCAGGUUGGCCUCUGAGAAAUCUCCUCUGCCUGCUCUUCUACACGAUCCCCAAGUACUCCGCCACCCAAAAAAUCCGAAUAAUAUCGUACCGAGGUGAGGACUCCCUCAUCUACGAGCUGAAAUCAGGUUCGAACCUGGACGAGGCUCAGAUAAAAUCGGACAUAACAAAGGGGAAACUAGUCGGUUGGGAGGCAAACAUGGGGGGAAAGAUGGGCCCCAAUAUCGCAGAUCUCUCCCAAUCCAUGGACCCCAGCAGAAUGGCUGCUCGAGCAGUCGAUCUCAACCUGAAGCUGAUGAAGUGGCGUCUGGUCCCCGACCUGGAUUUGUCAAAAAUCAGUAAGUUGAGGUGCUUGUUACUGGGGGCGGGCACACUGGGUUGUUCGGUAGCCAGAGUUCUGAUUGGCUGGGGCAUCAGGACCAUCACCUUCGUCGACAACUCCACAGUGUCCCAUAGCAACACUGUCAGGCAGAGCCUGUACAGCCACGAGGACGCUGUCAAGAGGCGGUUGAAAGCCGAGGCAGCGAAGGAGGCGCUCCUCAGGAUCUCCCCCAGCUUUAAUGUCGAGGGGGUUGUCCUCCAGAUCCCCAUGCCUGGUCAUGUCGUGGGCCAGAGCCUUCUGGAGUCCACCAGGUCUGCUGUGAAGGCUCUGGAGGAGCAAGUCCUCAAGCAUGAUGUUGUUUUUCUCCUGCUAGACUCCAGGGAGGCCAGGUGGCUGCCAACAGUUCUCUGUGCUGCACACGAUAAAAUCGCCAUCAAUGCUGCCCUGGGGUUUGACUCAUAUACAGUGCAGAGACACGGAACGAGGAGAGGUACAUCCGCGAUAUCUCCAGAUCUCUCCGUAAGGUACCCAGUAGGAGGUGACCUUGGCUGCUACUUCUGCAAUGAUGUCACCCAGCCCGGUAAUUCCCAGAUGGACAGGACUCUCGACCAGCAGUGCACAGUCAGCAGACCUGGUCUGUCUCCAAUCGCAGCUGGACUCGCGGUGGAGCUGAUGGUGGGACUAACCCAGCACCCCAAGGGGGUCGAGGCGAAUGCCUUCGUCGAGGACGGUAAGGGCUACAGCAGGAGCGAGAGGGAGGACUGCGAGGGCCUCCUCGGGGCGGUACCUCACACGAUACGUGGAUCACUCUGGAGUCAUGAGAUGAGACUCACGAUCACUCACAGGUUCCCCUCGUGUACCGCCUGCUCGGUUCCCGUUGUCACUGAGUACAGGGAGAGAGGCUUCGACUUCAUUUUGGAGGCUUGCAAUCAACCGAAUUAUCUGGAGAGGCUCGCGGGCCUCGAGGACUUGUUGAAAAAUCCUAAUCUUGAUGAGUUGUGCUAUGCUAUUGACACAUCCAGCGACGAGGAAGACAGCAUAGCCCUAUCGAAAGUGUAAAAAUAUUCGGGGGGCCGGUUGUACCAAGCUCUGUCAGCCAAAUGAAACGUCCGAAUAAAUCGAUGCCUCCAAUAAAUUUAUUCCACUGUUAGGAAAUUUUAGGAAUGAAUCGUGUUAUUGGCAAGUAAUAUCGACAAUUUACUUAUUUAUAUUUUUACAUAUUUUGUAUUUUUAAAAUUAUUUAUUAAUUAGUUACGCUAAUUAGAAAAUCUCAAUGGAAUUAAUUUAUUCUAUUUGUCGCGAGGACAUUUCUUAAUCAACUGAUAAUUUUCUUAGCUGGGCCUGGUACAGCUGGGCCGCAGUAAUAAAUAAUUGUGGUGAAAAUGGACUGAAUUGAAGACGUGAAAAAAUCUAAACGCAAUCGCAUUAAUUUAACGUUCCUCGUAGCACUCUUUAUAAUUUUGAUAUUUUAGAUGAGCUUUAACGCAUAUGCAGAGUCGAAACAUUUGUGCCGCCGAAAUUCCCCAGCUGUAUUGUCCCCGUACUCAUGAUUUUUACAAUAAAUUGUAAGUGAACGAAAAA